AUGGCAUCCGAACUUAGAAGAAAGCUCGUUAUCGUCGGUGACGGUGCAUGUGGCAAGACUUGUCUUUUAAUUGUAUUCUCCAGGGGCACUUUCCCUGAGCUCUACGUGCCCACUGUGUUUGAAAACUAUGUGGCUGAUGUGGAGGUUGACGGCAAAAAGGUUGAGCUGGCGCUUUGGGAUACUGCAGGCCAGGAAGACUAUGAUCGUCUUCGCCCGCUGUCCUACCCGGACUCUCAUGUGAUCCUCAUUUGCUUCGCCGUUGACUCGCCCGACUCGCUUGAUAACGUACAAGAAAAGUGGAUCUCUGAGGUCCUGCAUUUCUGCCAAGGCUUGCCUAUCCUCCUUGUUGCCUGUAAGAAGGAUUUGCGAAACGAUCCCCACACCAUUGAAGAGUUGAGAAAGACCUCCCAACGGCCAGUAACUUACGAAGAGGGUAUGGCUGUUGCCCAGAAGGUCGGUGCCUAUAAAUACUUGGAGUGCUCUGCAAAGGAUGGCGACGGUGUUCGUGAAGUAUUCGAGAAUGCUACCCGUGCUGCCUUAAUGACUUCCAAGAUCAGCAAAGUCGGCCGCAAGAGCAAGUGUGCCAUCCUGUAG